AUGUCCGGCGUCGACGGUGCUCGCGGCGUCCUCACCGCGCGCGGGGUCGACGAUGAGGUCGUGGAGUACGUCUGCGCCGUGCUCGAGGACCUAGACCCGAGCGAGACGGCGAGGGAGGACGUGAGGGCGUCGAUCGGUGAUUUCUUGCUCGAGAGCGGCUGCGGGGCGGCGGACGUCGACGCGCUGUGCGACGCGUUCUCAGGACGCGCGCUCGGUGCGGACGAUGGCGAGGCGUCGUCGAGGUCGAGGGAGGACGAGACGUCGAGCGCGACGUCGACGGCGCUGAUGUCGCUGGAUGGGAUCAUCUUAGCGUACGCGGCGAAGACGCUCCUCACGCGGACGGCGCUGCGGCUCGAGCGCGGGGCGCGGUACGGCGUGGUGGGGCAUAACGGGGCGGGUAAGACGACGCUGCUCAAUCGUUUGGCAUCUGGAGACGUGAAAGGGUUCCCGCGUGACGUUCGGUGCGUGUUCGUUCGGCACGAGGUGCUGACGUCGGCGCGCGUUGAGGUGCGAAAGUGGGUCGAAGACGACGCGAGCGAGGCCGAGAACGUCCUGGGGGUCAAAGCGAUCGAGAGCGCGCUGAGAAGCGUCGGAUUCGACGAUCUAAUGAUGGAUAAAACGGUAGCGGAGCUUUCGGGGGGAUGGCGCAUGCGCUUGAGUAUCGCGAGCGCUAUGUUGCGCCGCGCUGAUUUGCUGUUGUUGGACGAACCUACGAAUCACUUGGACGUCGGCGCAGUGGAAUGGUUGGCAAAUUAUCUCUGCUCGCUCGAGGGAACCACAAUCAUGUGUGUUUCGCACGAUUACGAGUUUUUGCGAAAGAUAUCCACUCACAUCGUGCAGUUUGACAAACAGGAACUGCACACGUUUGAAGGCGGCUUCGAUGGCUUUCGCGCGGCUCGCCCUAAUUUAGUUCUCCCUAGAAUGAAGAAGGAGUUAGUGGAGUCGAUCAAGGAUCGUGCGACUGAAAUGGGCGAAGCGAUAGACGACGGCUCGAAAGAUAGUGACUCUAGACGUCGAGCAGCAAGUGAGGCGAAUAUAUUGGAAAACACUGCUGGAAGCGUUGUGGCGAUACGAGCCGGUGCCGCGUCGACGGCUCUGGCGGGCGGGUUGAGUAGGAGAAUGACUGGUUCGCAAGCACGCGCGAAUGGUACAUCGCUCGGUGCUUCGAUAGUCUUUCCCGAGCCUGGGCCUCUGGACGGCAUAAAAAGUAAGACGCAGGUCGUAGCGAGGGUUGAGGACUUGGGCUUCGCAUAUGGACCAAAUAAUCUCGUACUGAGUGGUGUUUAUGCGAGAUUGUACCUCGGUAGCCGCGUCGCGGUCGUCGGUGCGAACGGUGCCGGUAAGACGACGCUGAUGAAAAACAUCGUCGGUGAGCUCGAGCCCACGAGUGGGACGAUUUGGAAGCACCACAACCUACGCAUCGCGUACAUUGCCCAGCACUCGAUGCACCACCUUCAGGAGCACAUGAACAUGUCGCCCAAGGAGUAUAUCCAAACAAGAUUUUAUCAGGGCCGAGACAAAGAGGUCGCGAAGAUGUCCACGAUGGCGCUCACUGACGAGGAAAAGUCUCAGCAGCAAUCACGAGGAAGCGUUUGCGAAAUUCUCGGACGCGCCGUCAAGGGGGGAGAGCUGUGUUACGAGGUCCGUAAAGUUGGCGAUAGGCCGGGUGUUACACACUGGGAGCCAAAACGCUUUCUCAAGGCAUCGUACGUAACAAAGAUGUGCAAAAACUACGAUGAAAUGAUGAAGGCAAUGCAGAGCGGGAUGGACGUUCGGCCUCUCACCUCGUCAGAAGUUUAUUCGCACCUCAUGGACUUCGGCAUUUCUCAAGAGCUGGCGGAUGGGAAAAUUAAGCGAAUGUCUGGAGGACAAAAGUCACGUCUCGUCCUCGCAGCGGCGAUGUGGAUCAAACCGCACAUCAUAGCACUCGAUGAGCCAACGAACUAUCUGGACAAUGAGACUCUCACCGCACUGACAUCGGCGCUAAAGCGAUUUAAGGGAGGUGUUCUCACCAUCAGUCACAACGCUUCCUUCGUUGGAGACGUCUGCACAGACACAUGGCGAGUGUAUCAAGGUAAAGUUACCUCGAGCGAAGAUGAGGCGCGAGGUGUCGGUGCUAGUCGCAAGGGCGGCGCUCGACGUCGUCGCGCGCUCAGGGAGGAAGACAUGAGCGAAUCCACAGAGGCGACUUCGGAGAUUUCAGCCAAUCAAGAUUUGAAGAACGUAGGUAGAGCGAUAACGGGAAUCCUCGCGAGUCGUCGAACGGCGCUAGAUAUGCGCUUUGAGCAAGUCUCUAUGUCCGUUAGCGGGGUCGAGCUCAUCAAGGACUGUGUCUUGGAGUUGAAUGUCGGUCGUCGUUACGGCUUACUCGGCGCCAACGGCUGCGGUAAAUCAAUGCUCCUAGAAGCAAUUGCAAGGCGCGAGCUGCCCGUACCUAAACACGUGGAUAUUUAUCACUUGCGUGAAGAGGCAGAACCGAGUGAGCGAACCGCUCUGGAGGCGGUGGUCGAUCACAUAAGGGAAGAGGUCUCUCGACUUCAAGCCGUCGAGAGUGAUAUCCUAUCGUCAAAAGGUCCGGGCGACGAGAGUUUACAAGGAAUUUACGAACGCCUAGAGGAGCUCGAUCCAGCAAAGUUUGAGGCGAAAUCGGCUGAAUUAUUGCACAAUCUUGGUUUCGAUAAAACGUUGAUGAAUCGCGAGACCAAGGCGCUCUCAGGUGGCUGGAGAAUGCGCGUUUCUCUCGCCCGCGCGCUCUUGGCAUCACCCGCAUUAUUACUUUUGGACGAACCGACCAAUCACCUCGACUUGUCGGCGUGUGUGUGGCUAGAAGAUUACCUAUCUAAAUACAAGAAAUGCUUGGUCGUGAUAUCGCACUCGCAGGACUUUCUCAAUGGCGUAUGCUCUCACAUCAUCCGCAUCACGAACAAGACGCUCAAGUACUAUACGGGCGAUUUCGACACGUUUAGACGAACUUUGGCGGAAGAGGAGAUCAUCCAGCAAAGGCAAUACGAUAAAGAACAAGCUGAGAUUAAGCACUUGAAGGACUUCAUCGCAUCAUGUGGGACGUACGAGGACAAGAUGAAGACGGCCAAAUCGAAACAAAAGAUCUUGGACAAGAUGGAAGCCGCGGGGUUGACGCCUUCGCCACGAGCGGAGAAGACGUUCGAGUUUACGUUUCCGCAGUGCUCUAAGCUCGCCCCUCCCGUACUUCCGUUCAAGAACGUUUCGUUCCAGUAUCCCUCAGCGGAUCCAUCUCUCGGGAUGCUUUUGCAAAACCUUGAGUUUGGCGUAGAUUGCGAUUCUCGCGUCGCUCUGGUCGGGCCAAACGGCGCCGGUAAGUCCACAAUCUUAAAACUUAUGACUGGAGACGUAGAGCCGAGCCUAGGCGAAGUCGGUCGACACCAUCAUCUGACCAUCGGUCGAUAUCAUCAGCACAGCGUGGACGUCCUCGAUCCUCGAUCGACGCCUUUGGAGUUCUUUGCAGGGACAUAUUAUGACAUGAAAAAGCCGAAUGACGAGUGGCGUUCGUAUCUUGGAAAGUUUGGAGUUACUGGACGGUAUCAGACACAUCCCAUCUCGCAACUCUCCGACGGCCAAAAGUCUAGACUGGUGUUCGCGAUGCUGUGCCUAGCGAACCCAAAUCUAUUGCUUUUGGACGAGCCGACGAAUCACCUCGAUCACGACUGCAUCGAUUCCUUAGCGGACGCUAUCAAUAAGUACCAAGGUGGGCUGGUUCUGGUGAGUCACGAUUUCAGAUUGAUUGACAAAGUUGCAAGAGAGAUUUGGGUGUGUGAGGACAAAAGCGUAAAGGUUUGGCGGGACGACAUCCGUGCGUACAAGAGACACCUUGCGAGGAAGGCGUUGGUCGCCUAA